CUCGCGGGCUUUGUUGUGUCAUGGCGGCAAGGUUCGAAAGCGAGUCGUUUGGAGAGUUUUAAAAAGACUUGAAAUAUUAAUUCCCCCCCCGCGGUCCCUCAUGACUCCCUCGGCGGCGUUCAAGGUGCGCAUUUGGGCCACUUUUAUCAAUGUUUACCCGCGCCCGAGGCUGAUUUUGGAGGUACUUGUUGCGGCGUCGCCUGUCUCCCUCCCAGCGUGAAAGUGUCCCGUGAAGAGUCGCCAUGUUAUCUCCGGCCGCCGGGCUUCCAUACGCCGAGGUGGACUUUUUGUCCCGCUGGUUGCCCUGCAGCUCCAAGGCCGGUGUCAUCCUCAACGCCGGCCCGGACCUGCUGCAGUACACGCCCCCCUGGGCCACCCCGGCUACUCCGCCCCAGGAGCCGGACGAGGGCGAUUCCUGCUCCUCGGACUUCGCCCCGCUGGCGACCUCUGUGGACAGCAGCUGCCUGGACCCCGAGGACCUGUCGGGGCCACCUGGAGGCGACAUGCCUGGGAGUGACAGCCCCGGGACGGGAGCCAGCAGGACCUCACAGGGAGAGGCUGCGGUGUCCCACCACCACUCACGGAAAGAUCCCGUGACGGCCAAACUGGAAAAGCUGAGGACGUGGCAGAAGGACAUGCAGGACAGCCUUGAUGCUGCUUCGUUGAGACAGAGCCAAGAGGAGCUGCAAGACAGACCCAUAAAGGCGGGCGAGCAGACGUUUGAGGAGUUACUGGAGGAGCAGCUGAUGUUGGAGGAGCAGAGGUUGAAAGAGCAGAAGCCGGACGGAAGGGACUCCACGCACACUAAAAGGGCCUUUCUGAGGCGAGGCCAGGGUCUGUCCAGAUUUACCAACAAGGACGGGAAGACUCCUCCCAAAGCAGCGACCCAGCCCAGAAACUCGGAGAGCGGUGUCAAGAAAGCGUCGCAGCAGCCUCUUCCUGUCCAGCGUAAAACCGCCACUCUCAACAAGGAGAACCGUCCCAGGGAAACCACUUGGCCGCCCCAGAAUCCCAGCGUGAAGGGCAAGGCAGUCGAGAAGAAGGUGUUGGGCUGCCACCAGAGACAAAACACAGACCGACGCGGGGGAGUUGCGGGUGCUCAAAGCGACCCGGCGGAGGUCCGCCCGGUCCAGCCCGCCGAGACAAAGCAGGCGGGUGUGCGGGCCCAGGCGAGCGGGGCGCGCGUCCGCCUGACAUGCGGUCCCAGAACAGAGUCGGGAGGCGGAGUUCCGCAGGAGUCUUUUGAGGCGUCCUUCGUAGAGAAGGAACAGCGUUGGGAGUGCGAGCGUCAGCUGGAGAACGUGGAGCUGGGAGAGUUUGAACUCCUGGAGAAAGCGGCCGAGGAGUUUUCCUUCUCCUCCAACUCCUCCUUCGUCGCCAAGCUCCUCCAGAUGGAUCAUCACAACCGGAAGCUGCUGGGUGCGGCCAGUCUGCACCAGAGACGCCUCUCGUCCACCCCCAUCAAGUCCCCGCCCGCCAGAGAGCAGCGCCGCAGUCUCGGAAGCGGCGACGCUGUGCAAAAGAGCAAAGUGAACUUUGACCACAAAGAGGACACCUCGUCUGCGGCCGGCGGCGACUCUAAAGAGGCGGACCAUGGCGCCACGCCGCCUUGCUUCCCCGCGCCGCCUCAGCCCGUGUACAACAGUCUCGCCUACCAGGACGAGGACAGCUGUCAGGGUUCCGACGGCGGCGAGAGCGACGCCACAAGCAGCAUCGACUCCACGCUGACAGAAGACAAAGAGGUGCUGCCGGACCAUGCAGUGUUUCAUGACGACGACCACGACGCGUGGAACGACCUGGACGACACGGCUGUCCACCCGGUUUCCACAGGAGCGGCCAAUCAGGAGCCGGCUCCUCUAACUCCUCCUCCUCCUUCCAAACUCAUGUUGACACUGUUCCCGUCACUCAGGCCGAAGACCCAGAAUGCACCUCUUCCUCCGGCCCCCCAAGACAAGAAGACAGACGAGGAGGCGGGCCAGUCCAUCCAGGCGAGGGAGAAGCUGGAGAUAGAGAUGGAGUGCUUCAAGAAGAACAACGAGGUGCUGGCCAGGCUGAGACAAGAGUUGGAGAAGACGCGUGAGAAGAUGAGGAAGGAGAGCGAGGCGUGGGAGCAGCAGAAGGCGGAGCAGCAGGCUGACUUUGAGCAGUACAAGAAGGAAGAAGUCAGGAGGCUGCAGAAGGAGCGCAAAGUGUUUGAGACGCACGCCAGCGCCCUGCGAGCCGCACCAGGCAGGAAGGAGCGAGAGGAGAUCCAGAAGCUGAAGGAGCAGCUGAGCGGCCUGCAGGAGGAGCAGAGGAAGAAGGAAAGCCGCUGGUCGUCUGCUCACAGUCGCCUUCGCCAGCAGAUAGACCUUCUCAGCCAGGAGAACUUGGCUCUGAGGAACCAGGUGAGCGUGUUGGAGAAGCUCCGUGUCAGCGCCUUGAAGAAGAAGCAUGUAGGAGCAGAGAGGAGCACUAAAGACGCCGUGCCUUCGUCCAUCAAAGGAGUCACCUUUGCCAGUCCUCUUGACUCCAGAAGGAGCGUCAGUCCUCCACACCGCAGUACUGCAGCGGCCGCUAGAGGGAGCCCUAAGGACAGCAACCGUACUGCACCCUUGAACAAAACGGUGAAGAGCAGUUUAAGAGCAGCUGCCGAGUCGCCGUCACCUUCAACAUCGUCGCCGUCUUCUUCCUCUUCUUCAUCAUCUUCAUUGUCAUCUUCAUCCCCAUCCAACAAAAAGUACGAUCCGGAACUUUCACAGAGCUGCUCUCCGCAGAGAGACGUGACGCCGAGUGAAGAAGAAGAAGAAGAAGAAGAAGAGUGUGCUCAGGACGUGGUCACACACCUUGAUGGCAAAGUGGAAAAAGUCCUGGCCAGCGGCGAUCGCGUCAUCCUUUUCCCUAACGGGACCAGGAAGGAGAUUUCCUCGGACGGCGUGACGGUCAAGGUGGCCUUCUUCAACGGCGACACCAAGGAGGUGACGGCCGACCAGAGAGUGAUGUACUACUACGCCGACACCCAGACCACGCACAUCACCUACCCGGACGGCACGGAGGUGCUGCACUUCCCCAACAGGCAGACAGAGACGCACUUCCCGGACGGCCGCAAGGAAAUCACCUUCGCCAACCAGACGGUGAAGAACCUCUUCCCCGACGGCAGCGAGGAGAGCGUGCUGACGGACGGCACGGUCAUGCGCUUGAAACCGGACGGCACCAAGGAGAUCUAUUUCAACACGGGCCAGAAGGAGGUCCACACGGCGGACUACAAGAGGAGGGAGUACCCUGACGGCACCGUCAAGACCGUCUACGCCGACGGAAGCCAGGAGACGCGCUACCCCACAGGGCGGACGCGCCUCAAAGACAAGGACGGCAACGUGGUCGCCGACAGCAAACUGUAACCAUGACAACCCUUUUUCUACCUAGCAACUUGCACACUCUUCUACAGGAAGUGCUUUCUAAAAUAGGCCAUUUUUCCUAUUAGAGUUGUCAUCAAAUAUGAGAACUUGAUUCUCAGGAAACGAGGAUUUUAUUCCUUAUAAUUAAAAAAUAUUUGUCAUAAGAAUUUUUUCUAACAGUACAGCUAUUAUUUUCAUAAAAUUAGGAUAUGUUCCUCAUAAUAAGAUUUUUUUGUUGGAUGUUUUAAAUUCAUAUAAUUGCCAUCAUAUUUUUUUGUCUUUCAUUCCCACAAUUGCAUUUUUCCCG